UUCAAUUGAUUGAGAACACCGCGUUACCGACCUAGGACCUCCACCUUCGUUGCCUCAUGCUGCUCAAAACUCCAGCACCUCACCCGGUGGUGAUUUCCAUCGAGAUUCGCAUUUCUCUCUGCUGGUCCACAACGCAAGUCAACAAGCUUCCAUUGGAUCUCCAGGACGCCCCAUGAAAAGCAUUUUGGGAGAAUUUCCCGGUUGCUCUAGUUCAGUCGCGCCUGUUGCAGCCAACGUUCUUCGAAGUCGUCCUGGCCCUGAACUUAGAUGUGCAUCGGGGAGCUCCCAACCUGCUAUUGCAGGCAAGUACUCUUACAUCCCUGAACCUUCACCGCCUGAUGCCGUUCAAACUUCUAGAGCCCCGUUUGUGGAUUCCAACCUCGUUUGCGUUGACGAAGUGCUGAUAUAUUAUCAGAACGCCGGUGGGAUGAACUGUGAUGUCGAACAAUAUCUUCUUGCCACGUCCGAUGAUUGCUACGAUGUGAUUGUGUUGGCUGAAACCUGGCUCGACUCCCGUACCCUAUCUAGUCAGGUCUUUGGGCCUGAAUACGAAGUUUUUCGCUGUGACCGUGGCCCCAUGAACAGUCGCAAAUCAACUGGAGGAGGCGUCCUAAUCGCAGUGAAUAAAAAACGGAAAGCAAGAGUUAUUUACAACGACUUAUGGGGAUGUGUCGAGCAAGUAUGGGUGCGCCUCCAGCUUUCCCAUCGUUCGGUGUUCCUGUGUGCACUAUACAUACCUCCUGAUCGUGUUCGCGAUGAUACACUGAUCGAAGCUCACACACAAUCAGUCUUGUCAGUGAUAGAAAUGACUAAUGCUUCGGACGAAAUCAUCAUUAUCGGUGAUUUCAAUCUGCCAGGAAUUUCGUGGAGUCCCUCCUGCAACGGGUUCCUUCACAUAGAUAUGGAACGAUCUUCAUUACACAGUCACGCCUCCAAACUCCUCGAUUACUACAGCACAGCCACGUUACGUCAAAUCAAUCACGUUACCAACGAAAAUAAUCGCAGCUUGGAUCUGUGUUUUGUUAGCGCUCAGGACGCUGCUCCGCUAAUUUUGCAUGCUCCAUCACCGUUAGUUAAAGUAGUUAACCAUCAUCCUUCGUUGAUACUCAAGCUGAACAACACGCGAGCCAAUGUUGUUGCAUCGAUCGAGCCCAUAAUCUACAAUUUCCAUAACGCCGAUCAUCAUAGCAUUGCUGAGUUCUUUGCUACAUUGGACUGGGUUGACAUUCUUGGCGGUUGUGAUGCAGAGAAUGCGGCAUUGACUUUAUCGCAUAUUAUUGGACACGUGAUUGAAAGACAUGUUCCUAAGAAAAUCGUCGCUCCUUAUAGUUGUCCUUGGCAGACCCGUCAGCUUCGUAGAAUGAAAACUGCUAAAAGAGCUGCUCUCAAGCGCUAUUCCAAACACGGUUCCUUAUCGUUGCGUGAGCACUACAAAAAUUAAACUCUGCGUACAAGAUUGUUAGCCGACUCUGUUUUUCUCAAUAUCAGCAAAAUAUACAGCAAAACUUGAGGACCAGGCCUAAAACGUUCUGGAAGUACAUAAAUGAACAAAGGAAACAAGCUGGGCUCCCUACAACAAUGACUCUGGACGAGGAAGUGGCCUCUACACCCCAAUCCAUCUGUCAGCUAUUUGCCGACAAGUUUGUGAGCACCUAUUGUAACGAAGUCAUCUCUGAUGUCACAAUCGCUGAGGCUGCUAACAACGUUCCUGCAGUCAGGAUCACUUGGGCCACGUUUUUCGUAGAUGUAGAAAUGAUCCGUAGAGCUAACUCGCAGUUAAAAUCAUCCAUGAGUCCAGGUCCGGAUGGCAUUCCGUCUGCGUUCUUGAAAAGGCACAUCGAACUUCUGCUCGCUCCCUUUCAAUUGAUUUUCAACAAAUCGCUAUCCAGUGGACUUUUUCCGUCCGUGUGGAAAACCGCUACAAUGUUUCCCGUGUACAAGAAGGGUGAUCGAAAAGAUGUCAACAAUUAUCGCGGCAUCUCAUCCUUGUGCGCUGCAUCCAAAUUAUUCGAGCUAGUUAUAACAGAACCACUCAUAUCUCACUGUAAGCAACAUCUGAGUGCCGAUCAACAUGGGUUCAUCUCAGGCAGAUCUACGACCACUAACCUUUUGUGCCUAACUUCGAGCAUUACCGACAGCUUUGUGCAGAAAGCACAAACGGACGUUGUAUAUACGGACCUAUCUGCAGCUUUCGAUAAAAUUAACCACGCUAUCACGGUUGCAAAAUUGGAAAGAUUUGGCAUUGCUGGUUAUCUUUUGCGCUGG